AUGGUCAAGGAACAGUAUCGAGAAGUUGAUACAACAACGCAUAAGGUUGUGGGUGUGGAAUUUUUGCCUGCUGAUCGUCAUUUUGUUCGAAGAGCAGCACAUAUUCGUGUUUGCAAAAGUCGUUUGUACGAGGAAAAUCCGGAGAGAAGGAUUCCAACGCCAUUUGGUCCACUUGAUCAUCGUCUGGGGAUUUCCUCGAAAUAUUCUCGAUGCCAGACCUGUGAGGAGAAUCUAUCCGACUGUGUUGGACACUUCGGUUACAUCGAUCUCAGUCUACCCGUGUUUCAUGUUGGAUUUUUCAAACUAAUCCUACAAGUACUUCAAUGUAUAUGUAAGAGCUGUUCAAGUCUGUUGCUUAACGAUACUCAACGAUCUUACUUUCUGGAGCAGAUCUCAGUCCGUAGUCUUGACUAUUCAAGACGUAAAGCUCUACAAAAGAAAUUAGUUCUGACUUGCAGUAAAACGGUCCUUUGUCCAAAAUGUGGUCGCUAUAGCGGCAUUGUCAAAAAGGCUAAGGGAACAGUGCUAAAAAUUGUCCACACCAUCCAUAAAAUUGAAAAUGAGACCUCAUCCUACGAAACAGCCAUCCAAGCUAAUCCCGACCUCUUUGCAGCUCUACAGAAGAACAAAUCCGUGCUGCUAAAUCCACUGCGGGUUUUGAAGCUUUUCAAUAAUAUUCCAGAGAAGGAUCUACGUCUCAUAAUGGUUCAACGGAAUAGCUGUCUUAUCCAUCCGAACAGUUUGCUUCUAGUAAGAAUCCCUGUACCUCCAGUAUGCAUCCGUCCAUCCAUUGUCUCAGACUUCAAAUCUGGCACUACCGAGGAUGAUUUGACCAUGAAACUGUCCGAAAUCAUCCUUAUCAACGAUAUUCUCCAAACUCAUAAGAAGAAUGGCGCUCCGUUGAGAACAGUUAUGGAAGCGUGGGACCAUCUUCAGCUUCAAAUUGCUCUAUACUUUAAUGGUGAACUAUCCGGUUUGCCAUCCGGUCUACAGCCAAGAGAGCCACUUCGUGGUCUCAUGCAACGUUUGAAAGGGAAACAUGGUCGAUUUCGAUGUCAUCUUUCCGGGAAACGAGUGGAUUUCACAGCAAGAACGGUGAUUUCACCCGAUCCUAACAUGCACAUUGAUGAAAUUGGUGUUCCAAUUCAUAUUGCUCUAACGUUGACGUUUCCUGAAAUUGUAAACGACAUGAACCUGGAGCGAAUGAAGCAACUUGUCCUGGCCGGACCAAACGUUCAUCCGGGCGCAAACUAUGUCUUGGAGAGCAGCACAGGAAGGAGAUACAUGCUGAAAUACGUUAAUCGUGAUGUGACCGCUGCAAAACUAAAAAUUGGUGAUAUUGUCGAGCGUCACCUGGAUGACGGUGAUGUGGUGCUGUUCAAUCGUCAACCAUCCCUACAUAAGGUUUCGAUUAUGUGUCAUCGAGUUAGAAUUGUUCCUGGAAAGACGUUAAGAUUCAAUGAAUGUGUCUGUACCCCUUACAAUGCGGAUUUUGACGGGGAUGAGAUGAACGUACACGUGCCGCAAACCCAUGAGGCUAGAGCUGAAGCUUAUUCUCUGAUGAAUGUCAAGAAUAACAUGGUCACUCCUCGUUCUGGUGAAAUACUAAUCGCAGCUAUUCAGGAUUUUAUAACUGGAACCUAUUUGUUGACCCAUAAGGAUACGUUUUUGAAUUACCAGGAGAUUUGCCGAUUAACUGCAUCGCUCAUCGACGAUCGAAAACAGCUCGCGGAAUUGGUUUUUUCGGAUGACCUAAGGGAAUUCACCCUCACAGCACCUAACAGGAGCUAUACGUCAAACAAGGAGUUUUGCGUGAAAGACUCCUUCGUCAUCAUUCGCAAUGGUCGUUUGAUUUCUGGAGUUUUGGAUAAGGCACUGGUGGGUCCUGGAUCGAAAACAAGCAUUUUCCACGCAAUUCUACGAGAUUUCGGAGGUGAUGCAGCCGCGGACGCUAUGUGGCGACUAUCAAGAAUCACUACGGAGUAUCUGACAAACCAUGGAUUUUCCAUAGGAAUUAGUGAUGUUUGUCCAAGUACUCGUCUCCUGAAAGAAAAGGCAUCGUUGAUAAAUGAUGGAUACAAAAAGUGUCGUCACUACAUUGAACAACUGAAAAUGGGGAAUUUAAAUGCACAACCCGGUUUUUCCGAUGAGGAAACGUUUGAAGCAUUGGUUCUCCACGAAUUGUCAUCGAUUCGUGAUAAGGCUGGGAAAUCAUGCAUUGAAAGCUUGUCAAAGUACAACUCUGCGCUUCUCAUGGCAAUUUGUGGCUCUAAAGGGUCGCUUGUGAAUAUUUCGCAAAUGAUUGCAUGUGUUGGACAGCAGGCAGUGUCCGGUCACCGUACCCCAGACGGUUUUGAUAAGCGCUCUCUUCCACAUUUCGAGAAAUCUUCAAAGACCCCGGAGGCAAGAGGUUUCAUAGAAAACAGCUUUUUCACCGGUCUAACACCUACGGAAUUCUUUUUUCACACCAUAAGUGGUCGUGAAGGUCUUGUGGACACCGCGGUGAAGACAGCUGAAACCGGCUACAUGCAGCGGCGCUUGGUCAAAUGUCUAGAGGAUCUGUGCGUUUCCUAUGACGGUACAGUUCGUUCAUCUACUGGUGAAAUUGUUCAGCUGGUCUUCGGAGAGGAUGGUCUAGAUCCUGCUUCGAUCGAAACUGAAAAUGUGGCUCUCCUAGACUUUCGACGUGAAUUAGAACAUGUCCGGAGUAAUAUUCCAUUUUUAGAAAAUGAGGAAGUCGAUUGGAAUUCCGUGCAGACACUAGCUAUUGAUGUAACUGAAGAAAUUCGGAAGAUCCAUCCGCUGUUCCGCGAUCAGCUGCUUCGUUUCACCAAUGACGUCAUCGACGCCAACAUAAGAUACCGUAGGAUUCCGAAGUUUUGCUGUAAACAUCGAGAUAGACCACCUCCAAACAUUAUUGACCGCUGUACAGACUGUCUCAACCGCCAGAAGUUCAGAAACGUCCAGAUACAAACUCACUGUGUAUCAAAAUUGCAAUUAAUGACCUUCCUUGAAAAAUGUUGUCUAAAACUGAAGAGGGCAAUUAUUGAACCUGGAACAGCUGUCGGUGCUAUCGCAGCAACCAGUAUCGGUGAACCUACAACGCAAAUGACAUUAAAAACAUUUCAUUUUGCCGGUGUCGCCUCAAUGAACAUCACUCAAGGUAUCCCUCGUAUUAAGGAAAUUAUUGACGCUGUUAAAUCGGUUUCAACGCCAAUAAUUAGCGCUAAAUUGGUGGAGAAGAAUAAUGAGGGGAUUGCACGAGAAGUUAAGGCACGGAUUGACGUUACCACUUUAGGAGAGAUUUGCGACUACAUUGAAGAGAUUUACCUUCCAAACAGUAUUUUCCUACUGUUGAAGUUGAGUCGAAAGCGUAUGAAAUUGCUUAGAUUGCAGAUUACGUUAUCAAACAUUGUGCAGAGCAUUCUAACCUCAAAAUACUUCACUCCGUUCAAAACUUCGCAGAUAACUACUCUCGGGAAGUCGAUGAUGGUUAUCAAACCGCCUUCUGACCCUAAUUUUAGCCCUACCAUAUCUGCUCAAAUAAUGAAGCAAGCUUUACAAAAGGUAGCGAUCAAAGGUGUACUGAAUGUGAAGCGUUGUGCAAUUCAUGCUGACGAGAGACAUGGAAACGAAUAUGAAAUUGUAGUUGAAGGCAGUAAUUUUCGAGACGUCCUUUCCCAACCGGGCAUUGAUUACCGUUUUACUUACUGUAAUAAUGCUUCUACCGUAUCUGAGGUCCUAGGAAUUGAAGCGGCUCGAGCAGUAAUCAUCACGGAAAUCAUCACCACCAUGAAUGCCCACGGUAUCAAUCUGGAUAGGAGACAUGUGAUGUUACUAGCUGAUCUCAUGACAUUUAGAGGAGAAGUGCUCGGAAUGACUCGGAAUGGUUUGAUGAAAAUGAAAGAGUCCGUGCUUGGAUCAGCUUCGUUCGAGAAAACUUGUGAACAUUUGUAUGAGGCAGCAUUCUUCUCACAGAGAGAUACGAUAAGAGGAGUAUCCGAACGGAUUAUCCUUGGCGUACCGAUAUCGUUAGGUACAGGAAUGUUCGAUUUGCUCCAGUAUGUGCCAGACAUAGCAACAUCAGUUGGCUGUGAACCCAAGACACCAAUUUUUUUGAAAUCGAAGUUUGGGGCUCCUUUCAGCAAAUCUGGUGACUUGUGCUCAAAAGAGCAGGCUUUUUGCUCUGGAAUCAACCAGGCAGCAAAUUCCGAAAGAUUGAAAUCGGACGAACUUGACGGGCAAACAUCUUCGUCCAGAAAUCCGGAAGAUUUGUCUCACACUGCUCCAGUGUCUGUGCUUGCGCCCAAUUUUUCUUGA